AUGGGGAGAACGACUUUUCUACAAGCAGGGGGCGUAAAGAUUGUGCCGAUGAUUGUGGGGGACCUGAAGAGCCUCGAGGACGGCAACAAGUUCGCGGAUUUGUUGUUGGAGUAUUUCCUCCAGGAUGAAAACCUCUUCAUCAUAUCUUCAGACUUCUGCCACUGGGGACCACGGUAUUCUUACUUUUAUUUGGAGGAGCCUCAACCUGAAGACCCUAUACACGCCACCAUAGAGGGUUUUAUGAUUAUCUCGAGUCUACGGGGCUCUCCGUUUGUGGGCGGCAUCCCAUCAGCCUCUUUCUGCUUGUCAGUCUAA